CGAUUCCGACCGCAAAAAUCAGUAGUCUUUCGGAUUCGAGUAGACAAUUGUCGGCAUACGGACGGACUCGGACCACAACGUUGAGAACUCUGUUAAAUAUUCGAUCGCUGAACGCGUGGCUCCUUAUCUUUUUUAAUACGUCGAUUGUAACUAUUUUCAACUGAGUUUCAAUACCAUAUCACGUUGUAACAUCAUUCAGUGCAUAACGUGUUACUUGGAAUUGUUUUGCUAAGAAAAUUCAAUUAUUUUUUUUUAUUAUUACACAUUUAUAUGGGCGUACAAAAAUUCUAACAAAACUUAAAACAGAGUAAAAAGUGAUUAGUGAUUUGGUGUUUCAUUCAUUAUUCCCUUAAUUAUUUAUUAGUGUAAUACAUAAGCAAAAUGCGUGCGAUGCUUAGAUGUAUAAUUAUUAUUGUGGUUGCAUUGACAAUUUUAUUACUUUUUGGAAUACUAAGCGUGAGCAUAUUUGGAUCAGCUUCAACUCCCAAAGUUUUGAAUAUAGCCGUCAUUGGAGCUGGUCCGGCAGGUUUAAGUAGUGCAAAAAACGCCCUCGAACAAGGUCAUAAUGUAGUGAUCUAUGACAAAGGAGAGGCAAUUGGUGGAACAUGGUGGUACACAGAUAAAACCGGAACAGAUGAGUACGGUGUUUUUAUUCAUAGUGCAAUGUAUUAUAAAGUGAGAACAAAUAUACCUCAUCAAACAAUGGAACUUCCGUUGCAUAAGUAUCCAAAUGGUACUCCAUCAUAUCUAUCACAUGAAAAUGUUUGGCAGUAUUUGAAUACUUACGCUGAUCGUUUCGAUUUGAAAAAACACGUGAAACUUCAUCAUUUGGUCGAGAAUGUUCAUUCAAUUGAAAACAAUAAAUGGAACAUAACUGUUCUGGAUUUGCCAAACAACAAGAUCGAGUCUGUGAUUUAUGAUGCUGUUUUUGUUUGUAUAAAUCGACUUUCUUCGCCGAACUAUCCACAAAUUGAAGGCGCCGAUCAAUUCAAAGGAAAAAUUAUGCAUAGUCAUGAUUACCGUAGAGCUGAACAAUUUCGUGGAGCUGAUGUUCUAGUAUUUGGCAAUGGUGCGAGCGCUCCAGAAAUUGUACUUCAAGUUUCAAAAACUGCCAAUUAUGUAACGUGGAGCAAUCCGGAAUUUGAGGAACCAACAGCAGAAGCACGAAAAGUAUAUGGACAAAAUGUUACAUUUACAAAUAAUGUGAAACACUUAAUAAAAAAUGGAGCUGAGUUUAUGGACGGGACAUAUCGAAACUUUACUGUGGUUAUAUGUGUAACAGGCUUUAAUUACUCCUAUCCGUUUUUGGACUCUGACGCGGGCAUUUAUGUUGAUGAGAAUUACGUGCAACCACUUUACAAACAAAUUCUGAAUAUAGAACAUCCGACGAUGGCUUUGAUUGGCGUGCCUGACUUUGCCUUUUAUUAUCGUGUGUAUGAUUUACAGGCAAGGUUUGCGCUGAAAUUUUUUUCUGGCGCCAAAGAACUACCACCAAAGUUGGAAAUGUUAAAAGAUAUGCAAGAUUAUGCUGAAACUCAAUCGAAAAAGGGCCAUCCCAAAAGUGAAAUUCAUCGAGUAGAAUCAGAAGAUUGCAAGGAGUAUUACGAUCAAGUGGCUCAAGCUGCAGACAUUGAAAAAAUUCCGGACGUUUAUCCAAAAAUACUUGUUGAUUCAAUUGAAAGUAGAGAAAAGGAACCAUUUGGAUUUCGUAAAAAUAAAUAUAUCAUUAUCGAUGAUAAAACAUUUAGAAAAGAAAGAGAAGUCUAACAAAAGAUAAGAUCAAAUGAUAA